UUGCAGGAGCAGACAUGGCGUACGACACAUAUUAUGCUAGAUUUGCCUGGUUUCCUAAGAACCAACCACUUUAUCUGUACAUGAUUCCUGCAAUAUUGCAACUGAUGGUGGUAGUGACAAAUACUUUCAUCGUUGUCCUGUUUCUCUGGAGGAGAUGGUUCGGCGGCGUAAAUGUGAUCCUAAUCGGCAUGGCUAUUUCGGAUAUGGCGUCUGUUGUUUUGCUGAUGAUAUCCUACUGGUUUGCUUUGGUCUUAUACGUCCAGUCUGUGAACCCUCAAGGCGAAUUCCAGGUUCAUUUCCUGUGUAUUACGUACAAAUACGGAACAAACAUUUCCAUGACAUUCAAUAUGGCAUCCAUAUGGUUAAUGAUGCUUCUUGGAAUCGUGAAGUUUAUUGUGGUUCGUUUUCCGUUAAAGGCAAAGUUUCUCAUUACGACCAACAGACUGCUUAUUGCUACAAUGACAAUAUACUUAUCCAGUAUUUUAUUCACAGUUCCUCAUUACGUCACUGAUAACUAUGAUAUCAAUGCGGAAGUGUAUCCUGAAAAAGCCGAGUCUAAUACCUUUUAUUGUGCCAUUAAAAGAAAAGUAGGUGGAGAUAUUCCUUUGUAUCUGCAGACAUAUGAAAUACUAAUUCGUUGCAUUUGUGUCCACGUCAUUCCCAUCAUUGCCUUGCUGCUUACAACCACGUACUUCUGUUGCAAACUUGGUAGAGAAAACAAUUCCGUUGGCCGCUCUGAAACAAUAAGACGGUCAGUCAAAAUCGUCGCUUCGCUAACAAUCGUACACUUAAUAUCUGAAAUUCCAUUUUCAGUUUUCUUUCUUUUGCGAUAUCACAUGACAGUCUCAAAACAGUCAUUUGAGUUCAUAAUUGAGAAUUUUCAUCACAUAAUAUUCAUCAUGUAUAUAUUACGCUUUGUGAAUUACCUUAGUAACUUUUGGGUAUAUCUAGUGCUCAAUAAGAAAUUCCGGGAGGCGUGGCACUCUUUAUUGUGUCGUUGUAGAAGAUAA